AUGGCCCAAGGCGCGCUCAAAAAGACAAAGCCAACCACCGGCAAAAAAUCCUCCUCGAAAAUCGGUCCCCGCGUAAUCGCACCCAAAAAGUCCUCCCUCGCGAAACAACGCAAGUCAAUGAAAAAGCUGUCGUCGGGCCUCAUAGCCAAAACGGAGCGUAGUCUGGCUGAGCGCGCGGGCCAUCUGGAAUUGUUGGCGAAUGCGAAGAAGGACAAGAUGAAGGAGAAACGGGCCGAGUUUAAGAAGAAAUAA